GGGGCCUGCAGCGGAUCCGAGCCGAGCCCGAGCCCGAGCCGAGCCUUGACACUGUCCGUCCGCCUUCUGGCUCCUCGGGAGCCCGGACUGGCCGGAGCCCGAGAGGUGGCAGCGCCGGGAGCCCCACGCGCUGAAGGGAGCGGACCGGACCGGACGGGACUAGUGGAGGCGCUGCCGCCACAGUAGCCAGUGACGGGAGUCUGGAGCCGCGGCCUCCCGGACCCUGCUGCCCAGGCCAGCUCGGGGAGAGCGGGGAGUACGAAAACCCCACCCUCUGGGGCACCCCAGGAGCGGAGGCGGGAGCGGGGACCGGAGCAGCCUGUGUUCUUGUUGGGGAGAAGGUCCUUACUACUCGGGUGAGGGAAAGAAGAGACCCCUGUAAGGGGACGCGUCUCUCCUUCCUAGAGGCGAGGAAAAACCUCAUACUGGCCGGGGAGGAGACCCCCCGAAGUAGGAAGGGGUGAGCCUUCCAGCAGGAAGCACAGUGAGACCACCCCAUCGUGCCUCCUUCCCUCCAAACACGCAUUCUAAACAGUUCAGGACUUUUGAGGCAAAGAGAAAGGGGGAUAUGCCUGUGGAGUAGGCACCCUCCAUCCUAACCAGUACUCACAGAGGAGAGGAGUUCUUACGUUCAGAAGCAAAGGACACUCCAGGGAAAGAAGAGGAAUCGGCUUUCAGCCUUUCUGGAGAGGGGAAGACCUCUCCCCUCAACUUCCUUGGACCUAGACAGUGGAACGGGGUAGAGCCCCUCCACUCAGAUCUCCAGCAGUCAGAAACAGCCCUCCACUCCAGACAGAGCCAGUUUGGGGGGGAGGGGGACUCCCCCAAGGGGGAGGAGACAACUCCUGGUUGGGAGAGGCUCCUCCCCUCCUCCCCAGGGUAACUGGCAGGGUGUGGGGGGUGUGCCACCUUCCUCAGGUAGGGCCUCCUUCUCCUCCCCCUCCUCCUUCUCCUUUGGCUCCUCAUCCUCAGGGGACCCAGUUCACCUCCCCAGCUUGGGAGGUUCAGCCAAGUACAGAAAGAGCCACUGAGGAUGAGACUCAUCACCUGCCUCUGAAGAGGGGAAUCCCUCCAACCCCAAACUCCAGUACCAGGUGGUUCCUCUCUGCAGGGGGAACUGUGGAGACAGAACCCAAAAGUACCAUGGCUUCUGACUUAGAAAGUAGCCUCACCUCCAUAGACUGGCUCCCCCAGCUGACUCUCCGAGCUACCAUUGAGAAGCUUGGGAGCGCCUCCCAGGCUGGGCCUCCAGGGAGCAGCCGCAAGUGUUCACCAGGCUCACCCACAGAUCCUAAUGCCACCCUGAGCAAAGAUGAGGCAGCAGUCCACCAGGAUGGCAAACCACGGUACAGCUAUGCCACCCUCAUCACCUAUGCCAUCAACUCCUCUCCAGCCAAGAAGAUGACCCUCAGUGAGAUUUAUCGCUGGAUCUGCGAUAACUUCCCCUAUUACAAGAAUGCUGGCAUUGGUUGGAAGAAUUCCAUUCGGCACAACCUUUCUCUCAACAAGUGUUUCCGGAAGGUACCCAGACCUCGGGAUGACCCUGGAAAGGGUUCCUAUUGGACAAUCGACACCUGCCCUGACAUUUCCCGAAAGAGAAGACACCCUCCAGAUGAUGAUAUAUCCCAAGAUUCACCAGAACAGGAGGCAAGCAAGAGCCCACGGGGAGGCGUUCCCGGGAGUGGAGAAGCGUCGCUGCCUCCUGAGGGGAAUCCACAGAUAUCGCUUCAGAGCCCCACAUCUAUUGCCAGCUAUAGCCAGGGCACAGGACCUGUGGAUGGUGGAGCAGUGGCAGCAGGAGGUUCAGGGCGAGAAAGUGCUGAGGGUCCCCCUCCCCUCUAUAACACCAACCAUGACUUCAAGUUCUCCUACUCAGAGAUCAACUUUCAGGAUCUAAGCUGGUCUUUCCGGAACCUCUACAAAUCUAUGCUGGAGAAAUCCUCUUCCUCUUCUCAGCAUGGCUUUUCGUCUCUCCUUGGGGACAUGCCACCCUCUAACAACUACUACAUGUACCAGCAGCAGCAGCCACCGCCUCAACAACAGCAGCAGCAGCAGCAACAACAGCCACCACCACCACAGCCACCUCCCCAGCCAUCCCAGCCACAGCAGCAGCCCACCCCAGCCCAGGGCCCUUCCUCUGUAGGGGGUGCUCCUCCACUGCACACUCCAAGCGCAGAUGGUUGUACCCCAUCAGGGGGAAAGCAAGCUGGGGCUGAAGGCUACGGGCCUCCCCCUGUAAUGGCCAUGCAUCCACCCCCACUGCAGCAUGGCGGCUACCACCCUCAUCAGCACCAUCCCCACUCCCACCCUGCCCAGCAGCCACCACCUCCACAGCCACAGGCACAAGGCCAGGCUCCCAUCAACAGCACUGGCUUUGCCUUUCCUCCUGACUGGUGCUCUAAUAUUGACUCUUUGAAGGAAAGCUUCAAGAUGGUGAAUCGGCUCAAUUGGUCCAGCAUUGAGCAAUCACAGUUCUCAGAACUGAUGGAGAGUCUACGACAAGCAGAGCAGAAGAACUGGACCCUCGACCAGCAUCACAUUGCCAAUCUAUGUGAUUCCCUCAACCACUUCCUUACUCAGACUGGUCACGUGCCCCCUCAAGGGAGCUCCCACCGGCCACCAGCUCCAUCACGUAUUGCUGACUCCUGUGCCCUCACCAGUGGCAAACAGGAGCCAGCUAUGAACCAAGUGAACUCUUAUGGGCACCCACAAGGUCCCCACCUCUAUCCUGGCCCAUCACCAAUGUACCCAAUCCCCACCCAGGACUCAGCAGGAUACACUCGCCCAGCACACCAUAUGGUCCCUCGGCCACCGGUCCCACCUCCUGGUACCAAUGAAGAGAUCCCUGACGACUUUGAUUGGGACCUGAUCACUUAGUGCGUCGCAGAGUAUGGACCUCAGCCCAGGGCCGAGUGGUGAAGUCUGGCAGUGGGGAAAGAGCAGCCCCAGCCCAUCCCUUCCCCCUGCCUGUAUAUAGAUAUAUAUCUUCUUUUUGUUCUUUCUCUGUCAGAGAAGCCACCGCAAGAUGCUGCCGAAGAUAACCCCUUCUUUCCUGUCUUAUUCUCCUCUCUUCCUGCCUGUUUUUUCCUGAUUCUUUUAUUAUUAUUCUUAUUAUAUUAUAUUAUUAUUAUUAUCCGUUAUAUACUGUCCCCAGCCCCCUAUCCCUACACCAAUGGACCAUGUCUACCCCUUGCUAACUUAAAUUCAUUAGGCUUGAAGAUAAAGCCAUGAUAGCCACUGAGAAAGGUGUCAAGCUCCAAUUUACCUUUCUCUCUAAGAAACUCAAUGCUAAUCCCACCUUUUGGCCCUAAAUUGCUUCCUAUUUCUGUCGGUUUCAGACCAGGACUGAAGAGGCCACAUUAUCCAGUGGGAAGGGUCUAAAACACUGCUUGGCAGCCUGAAUUUGCAGGUUUUACCAAAUGGUGCUAAUUCUGUCUUUUGAGCUCUCCUUUGUCCCUUUAUGCCGUUAGUCCUUACUUCUGCCAACCCUCAUUUCCCAUUGAGGGUAAGAAUGAUGAUGGUGCAGGAGGAUGACAGUAAAAUCCAAAUGGCAUUAGAGACCAGAGUUGGCUUGAAUAGGAUACAGCAAAGAAGUGAUGGAAUAUAAAUCAUUGUGAACUUGGGUGUAGACUGCCAUGUCAUAUAAGCAUCCAUUGGCUUAUCCCUGCCUAUUCUCUGAGGAGAUAGGAUUGGUCUUAGCCCAAACUCUGCUUCUGUGGUAAGCCAUGAGGACAACUGUACAACCUAGAUUCAGCCUCUUGGACAUGAUUUCAACUUUACCAUUUUGGCCUUUAAAAAAUAAUUUUCUCUGAAAAUAACUGUGGCUCUUAUUUGCAUUUACAAAUUAUCCUCCCAUCCCCUUUUCCCAUUCAACAAAUAUUAGUUUGUCCUCCUUUAGUUGUUGGCUCAAAUCUUCCACCCUAUCUAAUUUCUUCCUGCAUUCUCUGAGGUUCUCAAGAAAGAAAAAGGAACCCAUUAUCACUUUGUCAUAGGAAUCUAUGCCCUAGUUUGUCACAGGCAUCUCUUUGUCACCAUCCUAGCAGAUCAGACCCUUUGUAUUGGUGGUAGAAGGAUGAGGAGAGGAAAAAGGAGCUGGCAUAAAAAUGGGUAGUGAAUAUGUCAGUUGUUUAGCUAUGUAGCUCUUGGAAUCCAGAUAAUUGGGGCUGAGGCUUUUUGCAAGAGGCUUUUGAGGGGUGAAGGAAAUUGGUAGAGGGGAGUAAAUAAUCUAGAGGCAGGAGUCCUCUGAGGGCCAAGAGGGACUCCUAGAAACAGAGAGGGAUAACUUGCCUCCUUUAACGGGGUGGCCAUGAUUUACUGCUGCAAAGUAUUUAGUGUAUAUUUAAGGUUAGAAGUUGAAUUUUAGUUAUAAGAGGGAAGAAAAAUUUUGCUGUUGUUUUUAUUUCACUAAAUUUUCACUUUCUGAAAGCUACAGGGCAAAAUGUGUGGAAUGGAUAAGGCCACACUCUCUAUGGUUUCUGCUUUUUGCUUAUAUUCUUUUGUUUACCCAUGAUUUCUAAGAGAUUUGGCUUUCUGUUCUGCUUUUUCUUUUCACCACCCCUCUCCUUUCUGGGAAGGGGGUUAUAUAUAAGAAAGGUUGUUGAAGAAGUCCAGUGAGGCUGAAGGAAAGGAGCAAGAUAGGGCAGUUAACUAAAAAGCACUUUAUUUCUUUGAAGCCUUUGUAUAAAAGAAAUGGGGGUGCAAGUGGCUUGAAUCUCCCAUGAUGUUGGAGGGCACUUAAUGGGAUUAAUGUGUGUGGUAUAAUAUUUCCCAUUGGAGAAAGGAGAAUUUCUCUUAGAGAAAUGCCUUUGCUCAGUGUCCCUGCUUUAGGCAUCUCUUCCCUACUCCUUCCAUUAAAGGUGUGUCCUGCACAUGACUUCUUGUCAGUUCUUCCCAAGAUUUCCCCUUUGCAGAUUUUACACCUUUUUUCUAAACCUCUUUCCUAUUCAGACCCAUACAGGAUGUGCAAAGGUAGACUGACUCAUACAUGCAAAUGCCCCUGUUCAUCUGUGUCUUCUAGAAACUAGUCUCAUGAAGAACUCUGGCAGGCAGCCAGAGUAACUAAAGUUGGCUAAGACAGGAGAUUGGCCAACAAGCCUCUUGGGAUUUCAGCUCCACCAAGCUCAGUUAUGCUACAUGGCCCAGGACAAACCUGACUCCCUUUGGGCCUUAGUUUCCCCUCCCCUUCAUGAGAUGGAAAGAAUACUACUUUUCCUUGUUGGUCUAGCAUUGCUGGACAUGGAUUAUAGUCAUUGUUGUUGUAUUGGGUGAUGUGUGCAAAAUUGCAGGAGCUCACUGCCUAUAUGAGGAAAUAAGGGAGAAAGUGGAGGAGAGAUAAAAGAAGCAGUUAUUUGGUAAAGAUCCACCCAUCCCAGCCUUCCUCUCCUCAACCCACCUUUCCUCAUGUUUCUGGUUUGGUGAGUCCUUUAUACACGUACCACCCAUAAUGCUUUGCAUUGGUGCAGGCUGGGAAGGGGGUGUAUGGUCUCACAAGUUGUUGUUGUUUUUUUGCAUGCUUUCUUAAUUAAAAAAAAAAAGAAUGUUUACAAUUUUAUCUUA